AUGGCUCGAAUCGGCUUCACCUCCGUGGUCGCUAAGCGGGCGGCUGUGUGUGCUCUGCUGUUCGACGCCACUGCGUCGUCUGCUAGUAUGCGUAGCUUUGGGUCUAAGCCCGAGAAGAAAAAGAAGGGCAAGAAAAAGGGGAACGACGAUGCCAACUUUGAGCAGAUGCUGCGUGCGAUCAAGGGCCAAUAUCCGGAUGCCGAGGAGUGGACAGAAAAAGAGAAGCAGCGCCACCAAGAAAUUGGUCGCCGCUAUAAUGUCAUGAGCACGAUUGAACACAAUCACUUUAUGCGUGACGUGCAGACCAAGAUCGAUCUCAAAUGGGAAGCCAUCAAUGCACUGCCUGCAGAGCUGCAAGCGGAAGCAAUGGAGAUUGAUGACGCUCCUAUUCCGGAGGAACGAACCAUGGCCACAUGGACGCCGCCGAUUCUGGACGAAGGAGAGGAAACAACGGGCUGA